AUCAUACUGUGUAUUAAGAGGAAGCCCAUGAGCAGAGCAUUUUGUGCCUCCUGGAAAGUGUCAUGUUGUGAGUACUGUACGAACACGAUGAUGGAUAAGCUGACUCGGAUCCUCUCGGAGCACUUGCUGGAGUGUAAGCUCUUCGCAACUUUGGGAUGUCUACUGGUUGCAUCAAUCUAUGGGCUGAGGUGGAGAAAAAGGGAAUGUAUCCACAGGAAAAUGGAGAAGGAGAGGAAGAGGAGAGAGACCAGUGUGCAAUCAAUGAAGCAGGCGGUUGAGAAGUUUCACAAACUGAACCCUGGAGUGGACAGCGGUGCGAUCCUGAGCCUGACAUUCCAGGAGCUGACAGAGAAGCUGCAGAACGGAUCCCUUUCUCCAGAGACUGUCCUGUACUCCUACGCUAAGAAGGCGCUGGAAGUAGACUGCAAUGUGAACUGUGUGACCGUAUUUCUAUCGGACUGUGAGGCUCAGCUCAAGGGACUGAGAGAGAAAGAGGGAAAGGGUCCACUGUAUGGAGUCCCCAUCUCUAUAAAGGAACAUGUCGGUUAUCAGGGCCAUCCUUCCACAUGUGGCUUUGUUCAGUACCUCAGUGAGGUAGAGGAAGAGGACAGCAUCAUCGUUAAGGUUUUGAAGAAACAAGGAGCAAUUGUGUUUGCCAAGACAAAUGUUCCCCAGUCUCUCUUAUGCUGUGAAACCAGUAACCCGAUAUACAGAAUCACAGUAAACCCCUAUAACAGAGCCAAGGGGGUGUCGGGAUCUUCCGGCGGAGAGGGAGCAUUAAUUGGAGGUGGUGGUUCAAUUCUUGGUAUUGGAACAGACCUUGGUGGCAGCAUCCGCCUCCCAGCCAGCGUUUGUGGAAUCGCCGGAUUUAAGCCAACUUCCAGCAGACAGAGCCUUGGUGGCGUUCGUCCGUGUAUUGAUGGAAUGACUGCAGUGAGCCUAUGCUCUGGACCUAUGGGGAGAGAUGUGAACACCCUGGUAAUUUUCAUGAGGGCUCUAUGGUGUGAUGAAUUAUUUCGUCUUGACCCAUAUGUAACACCCCUUCAUUUCAACGAGGAGAUCUACUCCUCUACCAAACCUCUCCGUAUUGGAUACUAUGAAGAGGAUGGAUAUUUCAAGCCAAACCCUGGUAUGAGACGAGUUCUUCUAGAAACCAAACAUCUUCUAGAGGAUGCUGGACAUAAGCUCAUCCUGUUCAAUCCUCCUCGAGUGGGUUAUGCAUAUGAGUUAUUCUGGAAGGCAUUACUUGCAGACAAAGGGGAAACUGUAGCAGACAAGUUUAAGAACAACAUCAUGGACCCCAACCUGGAGGAAAGCGCACGUCUCAAAAACAUGUCCAACGUGGUGAAGAGGAUUCUGUGCUUUGUUCUCCAGCCAAUAUACCCAAGGAUCUCCAGUGCUAUAAAUUCCAGCCUUGGUGCCCGAUCUGUGAAGCAUCUCUGGAAGGAGCAGAUAGCCAUUCAGGAAUACCAGACAGAAUUCCUCACUGAAUGGAGAAAGCUGAAUCUAGAUGUGAUCCUAUGUCCCAUGCUGGGCCCGGCCUUCAACGUCGGCUAUCCGGGGAAACUAUUUGCUCCUCUCUCCUGCACAAUGUUGUACAAUUUAUUAAAUUAUCCGGCUGGAGUCAUUCCUGUUGGUUCCGUCACUGCGGAGGACGAGGAAGAGCUGAAACAUUACAGAGGUUACAGCAAUGAUCCCUGGGACAAGCUGUAUAAGAAGCAUAUCCAAGAUUCUGCUAACUUUAUGGUGGAAGCCUUAAAAGAAGUUGGUUUACUCAACGCAUGUACUUCUGCCAUGGCAGUGUUGGCAUGCAGGGCCUUGUGGCUACGACAAUGGACUGCGGAUGCACAGUCCAGAAAGGGCUUGGAAAGCCUACCGUUCAUGAGAGAGGCUCUUUUUGGAGAUGAACUGGAUAAGUGGAUAUCCAAGGCUACGGCGGGCUGUGGAAGGAGGGUUGGGUCUCCCACUGUCCGUUCAGUGUGUGGCACUCCCACACCAGGAUGAGCUCUGCCUACGUCUUAUGAAGGAAAUCGAGACACUCAGCAACCGUCACCAGAAGAGGCGAUAAGACCCUGCCUAGCUCUAUGGCAGAUCAUUAAUGGUCCUCAAACUGGAAAUUUAGAGAGACAUAUCCUACAUCUAGAUUUUAUUACAGAAAUCUAGAUCCCUUUAUUAUUCCACUAUCUGUAGAGGGCUACUAACAAAUCCUCUUCAUGGACAGCAGUGAGUAAAGUGACAGCCGUAGGAGGACACUAUUGAGGAUUCUUAUAACAAAGCAGUUAUUUUAAUCUGUAUUGUGUGUAAUACAACGGACGUUCAGCUAUAAUAAUAAACAUAUUUACAUGAA